CCGUCCCCGCCGGUUGCCAAGGCGACGGCGCGACGCAGCCUUCCCCGGGGAGCGCGGCCGGCGGGGCGGAGGAUGGGAGAGCGCCGCCAGGGACAGCUGGAACAUCAAAACAACCUUAUUCCCAGCCCGGAACAAAGCCCGGUCCCUGAAGGGAGGAAGCUGGAAACGUCCAGGCCGGAUCCCCCUGAGGUGUUCAAGGAUCCCUUCGAGGUGGCCGUCAGAUACAUGGAGAGACACAACAUCCUGCAGAUAUUCCAGUCUCCCGGUCUCCGGCCCUCCCCCCGCCCCUCUCGUCCUCAGCAGAUCACGGAAGAGCUAGUGUACGAGAAGCCAGAGGACCCCUUACAGUUCAUGCUGGAGCAGGUCCAAACUAUGCUGAACAAAAGAGAAGAGAAAUGACUGUCCCGGCGGCCUCCUUCGCCAGCGACCUCCAGCAGUGACCUCCAUCUGUAGCCUCCAUCUAUCCGCGACCUCCGUCAGUGGUGGCCUCCAUCUGCGCCGGCCUCCACCGGCGGCCUCCUUCGCCAGCGACCUCCGUGAGGGGCGGCCUCCGUCGACAGCGGCCUCCUUCGGCGGCGACCUCCAUCGGUGGCCUCCGUCAUCAGCGACCUCCGUCGAUAGCGGUCUCCGUCAGCGGCGGCCUCCAGCGACUUCCGGCCGGGGGCCACAAGCCAUCGGGCCCUCCCCCGACUCCGCCCUGGCUCCCCUCUGGGCACAACCGGGUCCUCCCCACCCCCCGCCUCUCUCCCCCGGGCGGGCAUCGCCCGACCCACCCAGGGACAGGCCGUCCUUCCCUCCCUCCUUCCCCGUAGACGCUCCCCAGGUCCCGGUCGCCGCCCCGAAACCGGCCCGACGGGUUCUCCGAGGCCGAAGCCUUCUCCCCGGUUGACCGGCUCCCGGCCGAGGAAUUUCCCAGCAACCACCGCGGGUGACCCACCGACACGAGCGCUUGGGGGCCGAGCCGCUCCGGGACGGUCCCGGCCCCGCUUCCCCCCGCCCGGCCCCCCUCGCCGACCCCAGGAUGAGACCGGAGUCCGCCCCGCUCCGUCCUCCUCGCUGCCCCGGGCCCACUGACGGUUCGGGCCUCCCCCGGGGGCCCGGCCGGAGACCCCGCCGUGAACUCCGGGAGCCCCCUCCGACUCUCCCACGCUGAACGCGGAAGCCAAAUAAAACCACUGGCCGCCGGCGAC